AUGGGUCGCACUGCUGCACCGGCAUAUGUCUUGGGAGUGGGCAUGACCAAGUUCAUCAAACCUCGUGGCAAAGUGGACUAUCCGGAGCUUGGAUUCGAAGCUGGCAUCAAGGCCAUGUUAGAUGCUCAGAUCUCGUACGACGAUGUGGACCAGGGCGUGGCAUGUUACUGCUAUGGAGACAGCACCUGCGGCCAACGAGUCUUUUACCAGUUCGGAAUGACACAGAUACCCAUAUAUAAUGUGAACAAUAAUUGCUCGACGGGUAGUACUGGUCUGAGUAUGGCAAGAACUAUGGUCAGCUACAGCGCCGCUGAUUGCGUGUUGGUGGUUGGCUUCGAGAAGAUGAAUCCCGGGAGUCUCCAAGCGUACUUCAAUGACAGGGCGAAUCCAACGGGCACAACCGGAAAGAUGAUGCAAGAGACGAGAGGCGUGACCAACGCGCCAAGUGCAGCUCAGCUUUUCGGCAAUGCAGGUCGGGAGUACAUGGAGAAAUACGGAGCGAGACCAGAGGACUUUGCUGAGAUAGCUCGAAUCAACCAUGAACACUCGAAAAGGAAUCCAUACUCCCAAUUCCAGGACGAAUACAGCCUAGAACAGGUCUUGAAAUCUCCCAUGAUCCACGAGCCAUUGACAAAGCUGCAAUGCUGCCCUACCUCGGACGGCGGUGCUGCAGCAGUGAUAGUUUCACAAAAAUUCCUUGAUGCUCGACCACACCUGAUAGAGCAGGCAGUGUUGAUUGCAGGUCAGCGCUUGGCAACUGAUGGUCCAUCGCUGUUUGACCGCAGCUCUAUCGACCUUGUCGGGUACGGCAUGUCCCAAUGUGCUGCUGAGGCCGCUCUCGUAGAGGCCGGAGUGCAGCCAAAGGAUAUCAAAGUGGUUGAGCUGCAUGAUUGCUUCUCUGCAAAUGAAAUGACCACAAUCGAUGCGCUUGGGCUGUGUGAACACGGCAAAGCCCACGAAAUGGUUAGAGCGGGUGAUAUUACCUUUGGUGGAAAGGUGGUAAUAAACCCGUCCGGUGGGCUGAUCUCGAAAGGCCACCCUCUUGGUGCGACGGGUCUUGCACAGUGCGCCGAAUUGGUCUGGCACCUUCGUGGGUGGGCAAACAAUCGUUUAGUCGAAGGCGCCGAUGUUUGUCUGCAACACAACCUUGGGCUUGGUGGUGCAGUAGUGGUGACCGUGUAUAAGCGAGCGGAUGGGAAGAGCGCCAAAGCAAUACCAAGUGAUAUUGUUGGACAGCGGAACAAACUAGGGUAUAAUCCAGCAGUCGAGGCAAGAGGCUUCACGUCAGAACAGGUUGACCGAACGAGAAGUUCGAAAUCGAGAAGUGAGUGGGCACUACAAGACACGCAGCUGAAAGUGCAGGCAAGGUUCUGA